CGAAGGCAAAAUAAAAAGUUCGGAGCUGUCGGGGGUGUGUCACGCUUGUCAAAUCCCUGUAAAGUUGCUAAGGCCAUCGCCUAUCCGGAAGACCAAGGAGAGCUUGUUCCUCCGAUGGUUCUAGUGGGAAUAGGAGCAGAAGAGUGGGCAGAAAAAAGAGGUGAGCAUUUAAGUAAGCGGAUACGAUUUCUUCGAUUAUCCCUUGCUAGCAGGUUAGAAACUCUGUUUGCAAUGCUUAGAGAACGGGUAGACUCCUAUGUGCUUUAUCAGCCCAUGACAGACGGAUCACACUCAUCAUUAUACAGUGCGUUUCAUAAUUAUAAGGUCACCCCAGAUUUUUGCGAUUCUGGAGAAAGCAGCCGGAAUGGGAUUUUUUGGCAAACACUAGAAGAUUCCCCGUUACAAUGUACCUCUGUACUCAAAUUUUGGUCGCAAUAUCCUUCACCUCAAAUUUUUUAUGAAUUUUUUAAAGAUAGGGUCAGCUUCUGCACCGUUUCAUAA